AUGUCUUCCUUCACGCGGGUUCUGCGCCCGGCCCUCCGGGGUUCAAGGGGUCUUGCUCAGACCGUCUGUACGUCUAGCCGCGUUGCUUCUCGUCCCGCUGCUGCUGCUCGCAACAUGAACUUGGCUCGCCCUCUCUCCACCACCUCGGCCCUACGCUCCGAAACCAUUGACAUCACUGAUAUCCCUCCCACGCCCAUUAGCCACCUCUCCGAGGUUGAGGCCGCCAUGGCCGAGUCGGUCAGCAAAUUCGCCAGCGAGGUGAUCCUCCCCAAGGCACGCGACAUGGACGAGGCCGAGGACAUGGACGCCUCCGUCGUGCAGCAGCUCUUCGAGCAGGGCCUCAUGGGCGUCGAGAUCCCCGAGGAGUACGGCGGCGCCGGCAUGAACUUCACGUCUGCCAUUAUUGGCAUCGAGGAGCUCGCCCGCGCCGACCCCAGUGUCAGCGUGCUGGUCGACGUGCACAACACGCUCUGCAACACCGCCGUCAUCAAGUACGGCUCCGAGGCCCUCAAGAAGAAGUGGCUGCCCAAGCUGGCCACCAACACCGUCGCCUCCUUCUGCCUGUCCGAGCCCGUCUCGGGCUCCGACGCCUUCGCCUUGGCCACCCGCGCCGAGGAGACGGCCGACGGCUUCAAGAUCAACGGUGGCAAGAUGUGGAUCACAAACUCCAAGGAGGCCGAGUUCUUCAUCGUCUUUGCCAACCUCGACCCCAGCAAGGGCUACCGCGGCAUCACCGCCUUUGUCGUCGAGAAGGGCACCCCCGGCUUCUCCAUCGCCAAGAAGGAGAAGAAGCUCGGCAUCCGCGCCAGCAGCACCUGCGUCCUCAGCUUCGACGACGUCGUCGUCCCCAAGGAGAACAUCCUCGGCGAGCGCGGGCAGGGCUACAAGUACGCCAUCAGCCUCCUCAACGAGGGCCGCAUCGGCAUCGCCGCCCAAAUGACCGGCCUCGCGCUGGGGUCCUUCGAAAACGCCGUCAAGUACGUCUGGAACGACCGCAAGCAGUUCGGCUCCCUGGUCGGCGAGUUCCAGGGCAUGCAGCACCAGAUUGCCCAGUCCUACACCGAAAUCGCCGCCGCCCGCGCCCUCGUCUACAACGCCGCUCGCAAGAAGGAGGCCGGCGAGGACUUUGUCAAGGACGCCGCCAUGGCCAAGCUGUACGCCUCGCAGGUUGCCGGCCGCGUUUCCGGCCUGGCCGUCGAGUGGAUGGGCGGCAUGGGCUUCGUGCGCGAGGGCCUGGCCGAGAAGUUUUGGCGCGAUAGCAAGAUUGGUGCCAUCUACGAGGGCACCAGCAACAUUCAGCUCAACACUAUUGCUAAGCUGCUGCAAAAGGAGUACACCAACUAG